AUGAGCUUGGAGUUUGCACGGGAAGAGGAGAGGCCGGAGGUGCGGGAGUUGUGUUGGCCACGUGAUUCUGAAGGUUUGACAGCCUGUAAGGACCGGCAGAUGAUACAAGGUUUGAAGCUGGACGUGGACCUGAAAAUUCGCCAGAGUGAAGGCGAUCAAAAGACUGCAUGGCUGGCAAUCGAAUCAGCAUCAACGAGUCACGUACCCAUGCUGAACCUCCAGUAUCUCCAUGGCCUCUCGGACGCCAUCCUUGGCCACGUGUCCACAAUGACACAUCUGAAGAGCAUUGACUUGUCCUCUAGCUCAGGUGCCAGUGCAGAGGGCAUCAAGCACCUCUACAGACUGCAAUGGCUGGAGAAGCUCAACUUCAGCAAAUCGGACGUCCUAGACUCUGCCUUGGAAAGCAUUGGUUCUUUGAGCAGCCUCAAACAGCUCUUGCUCUCGUUUACCAAGUUGACUGAUGCCGGUCUAUCGCACUUGACAGGUCUCUCGUCACUCCAACUGCUGAGCCUUACCGAAUGCAUGGGUGUGACAAAUGCUAGCAUGGUGAAUGUGGGGAGGCUGACAGGUCUUGAGGAACUUUGGUUGGGUGGGACGGCAGUCACAGAUGAUGGGCUGCAGCAGCUGACUGCCCUGAUCAAGUUGAAAGGUCUUUGGACGUCAGAAGAGGAUUACCUUCGAAACGAUGAGGUUUACAAGAGGAUAGGCUGGUCUGGUGGCAGGGAUAGAUGA